AUGCUCCACGCUCCUGUCCUACCGAUAGUAAAAAAAAGGAGAAGACCAGCAGAGACGCACCCCCAGGGUCCACAUGAGGUCCGGUACAGAGAUGUGACCAUUUACCUGGUGGAGAAAAAGAUGGGCUCAAGCCGGAGGAGCUUUCUGACCCACCUGGCCAAGACCAAAGGGUUCCAAGUGGCGGACAACCUCAGUGAUGAAGUCACACAUGUGGUAGCAGAGGAUAACCCUGCUGGGGAGUUGUGGGAGUGGCUCCGAGGGCGUGGCCUAAGUAACCUUCCUACCAUGCGGGUGCUGGACAUCACUUGGUUUACCGAGAGCAUGGGUGCUGGGAGGCCUGUUUCUGUGGAGACCAGACACUGCAUCCAGAGCUGUUCUCUGGUCAAACCAUGCCUGCCAACAGCACCAAAAUGGAUCGUGUCUCAAUAUGCCUGUCAGAGAAGGACCACAAUGACAAACCAUAAUAAGAUCUUCACGGAUGCAUUUGAGAUUCUGGCAGAACACUCGGAGUUGAACGAGAACGAGGGGCCCUGCCUGGCGUUCAUGCGGGCAACGUCGGUUCUGAAGAGCCUGCCGGCUGCGGUCCGCUGCCUUUCCGACCUGGAGGGUGUCCCCUGCCUGGGAGACCAAACACGAGCUGUCAUGGAGGAGAUCCUUGAGAGCGGCAGCUCCUCCAAAGUUGAGACUGUUCUGAAUGACGACAGAUACAGAACUCUGAAGCUGUUCACAAGCGUGUUUGGUGUUGGUCCGAAGACUGCAGAGAGGUGGUACCGGAAAGGGCACCGCACAUUUGAGGAAGUCCAUGCUGACCAGAGCUUAAAUUUAAACAAGAUGCAGACAGCAGGUUUCCUGUACUAUGAAGACAUCUCGAGGGCCGUUAGCAAGGCAGAGGCAGAUGCAAUGGGAAGGAUAGUGGAGGACAUUGUUCACUCGAUUGCACCUGAUGCCAUUGUGGCCCUGACAGGUGGCUUUCGCAGAGGGAAGGAGUUUGGGCAUGAUGUGGACUUCCUCCUCACCACCCCCGAGAACGGAAAAGAGGCAGGACUGUUGAUUCAAGUCAUAGAUGAGCUCAAAUAUCAGGAGCUGCUGCUCUACUGUGAUCACCAGGAAUCCACGUUUGAUGUGAGCAAGCUGCCGAGCAGAAAGUUCGAGGCCAUGGAUCACUUCCAGAAGUGCUUCCUGAUCGUGCGACUACAGGACGAGUUGGUAGAGGGGGGCGUGCGGAGGGAAGCUGGUGACCACAGGAGAUGGAGAGCGAUCCGCGUGGACCUGGUGGCCCCUCCCUUCGCCAACUACGCCUUCGCCCUCCUUGGCUGGACUGGUUCACGGUUCGAGCGGGACCUGAGGCGAUUCUCACAUCACGAGCGAAAUAUGCUGCUCGACAACCACGCCCUGUUCGACAAGACCAAGAAAACGUUUCUGACGGCAAAGACAGAAGAGGACAUAUUUGCUCAUUUGGGACUGGAAUUUAUUGAGCCAUGGGAGAGGAAUGCCUGAGCCAUUCUCCAUUCCAACAGCCGCUCCCAUUGGCUGUUA